CACGUGCGAGUGUUGUCAAAGUGUGUUUACGUUUAAAGUGGUUGUUCGAGAAGGUCCAAUAUGAUUGAUAAAUCGCUGCUUUUGUGCUGUAAUUUCACUGAUAAUGUGAAUUGCGAAGAUUACGGCAAAUUGAUGUGUUCUCUAAAAGCCGGGCGAUGGAAAGAUGUCAUAAAUCAUGAAUUCGCCCACAAUGUUCUUCACAAAUCAUCAAGUGGGACUUCCAAUGGGCUUGGACAGGAUAAUGAAGAAUUACAAACGGCAACUGCUUUCCUUUUUGCGUUUAUACAGGGCAAUUUCACGGGGCCAGAAUUCCAAUUCGACAGUGAAGCGCACUUGGCGGAGCACGGUUUGCAGGGUAUUGACUUCAGGCGGGAGUUGGCCGUAGACGGGGAAGAUUUGAAUGUGAAUGUGAAGCAACCAGAAUUACUAGCCAUUUGUAAGAGACUUGUUCGCAGCAUAGAGGAAGCCAAUGAAAACAAUCUGGAGGUAAAAUGGUGGAAACUUCGUUUGACAUGCAUUCACCAGCAAGUUAUGGACGAAUUAUGCAACACACUAUAUCUCGACUUCAAAAAAUGUGCAGAAUGGUUGCACGAAAAUAUUUCCAGUUUGGGAGACAAAGAGCUAGAAGCACUCUUGAUGAUCGAAAUUGCUGGUGGUUAUUUAUUAUUCCAUCGAACUCAAAAAUGUGAAAGCUUCUUGGAACGAGUCUGCAACUUUCUUGAUGUAGAAUUGAAAGUAGAAGGACUUUUGGGAGUCCGGACUAAAUUUCAGCAGAAACCUUUACCACAACUAUGUAUGCGAGUGGAACGCGCUUCAAAUAUAGGUUUGCCUUUAUCUGAACAAACAAACGGAAAAACAGAGCUUCCAAAACUAUUAAAAUUGGACGAUGAUGUCAGAUUGGAGAAAAUACAAUUUAGCAACCCAGAAGACAAUGCAGUUAUGACUCUUCCAAGCCUCAUUCAAUGCUUGGUUUUCACGAAAUUAAAAUGUAUAUUCAGAUCUCAGCCGAAGGAUAGACUCAGUGAAGAGGAAAUUGAACCAUAUAUCACCGCACUUUUGUAUCAAACGCAUGGCCCUCUCUCCGUAAGAUAUGCCACAUUAUUGCAAAAUGUUAACCGCGAAUCAAAUAGUAGUCGCACCGUCGAACGAUGCUUGAAACAAUGCGAAGAAGUUUUAAUGCUAAUAAACAGUGAUUCUAAAUAUGAAGUCAUCGAACGACUAUCAUAUUUCUUCGCUUCAAUGCUGCCUCCGGUUUGGAACAUUCGCAAGCAGUUAGGAGAUCUAAUGUUAAGUUUGGGAUUGGUGAAGACGGCCCUCGAUGCCUAUCUCAAUAUUCAGUCUUGGGAAGAUGUUAUUUUCUGUUACAAUCGCCUUGAAUUACGUCACAAAGCAGCUGAAAUCAUUCGUCAGGAAUUGGAUAAACAACCGACCGUUGUCUUGUAUUGCCUUUUAGGGGACGCGACUGAUGACGUUGAAUGUUAUGAGCAGGCAUGGAAUUUCAGUAACCAUACGAGCAGUCGGGCACAGCGCCACUGGGGCAAUUUUUAUUACUUCAAGAAGAACUACGAAGAUGCAAUUCCUCACCUCCAGAAAUCAUUAGAAAUUAACGCUUUACAGGAAACCACAUUGCUUAGAUUAGGUUAUGCUGCAAUACAAUUGGAAAAGUGGGAUUUGGCAGCCCAGUCUUAUUUGCGGUAUACUCAUCUUGAGCAGCGAGGCUUUGAGUCCUGGAAUAAUUUAGCAAAAGCACUGAUUAAACUUGGCGACAAACAUCGCGCGCACAAAAUAUUGAAUGAAGCUCUGAAAUGUAACUACAACAAUUGGAAAGUCUGGGAGAACUUUCUAGUCGUGAGUGUCGAUACUGGUAACUUCGAAGAUGUGAUAAAUGCAUAUCAACGAUUAGUUGAAUUAAAAGAAAAGUACUUGGACGUAGAAGUCCUAGAGAUUGUUGUAAAAGCUAUUGCAGACAACAUUCCAGACUCGCAGGGGCGACCAAGCACGCGCCUGAAAAAGAAAAUGAACAGUUUGUUGGCUCAUCAAUGUGUUCAAUAUGCGAACGAAGCGGAAGUAUGGCAACUGUCUGCCUUGCUAGCAGAAAAUGAAUUAUCUCGAGCUCAGAAGCUGCAGAAAGCAUAUCGAGCAUAUGUGCAAGCAAAUCAGUCAUGGGUGAACACAAAAGAACUUCGCAUGAAAGUGUUAAACGUUUGCAAAGAUAUUUGCAUAAGCAGCCUGAAUGCUAUCGAUGAUGGGACUGUAAAUAAUAUGGAAAGAUCAGCCGCGUUAUCUCAACUAUCGUCGGCGCGAUUGAGUGUGAGAGCGACUAUCAAGGCUGUUGAGAAUUUAGGAUCAACAUUUAUUGAAGAUUGGGAGCAAUGCAAACCUAUUUUUGAAGAACUGAAGACUUUGAUAGAAACUAUUCAAAGCAAAGCGGAAACGUUACAUAAAUAAAUCUUCUUAACACACUGUUGACCGGCAAUUUUUGAAAUAAAUUAUGUCAUUUCAUCGACUAUUAUUGUAUUUUGUAAUUGAAAUGUAAAUAAAGUAAAUAAUGAAAAAAAUUAAA